AUGAUGCAACAGCUGUUGCAGGGUCAGCAGGUUCAGGCCAAGGCGUUGAAUCAGGUAACCACGGAAAUGGACACCAGGAUGGGCAACAUGUUCACUGAGCUGAAUAACAAGUAUGACACUCUUGCGAUCCACAUAAGAAAGAUCGAUGUUCAGCUUGCUCAAAUAGUUGAGAGUGUCAAGAGGCAACAAGGGACGCUCCCUGGAAAAACUGAUAAAAAUCCUAGGACUGAGCACUGUAAUGCAAUAGAGCAGCCGUUCGCUGAGACUGUUCUAGGCGCAGAAGAGAACACAAAGCAGUCUGCUAGCUCUGGAGCGACUGCUCCUAGCGAACCUGCUGAGACUUUACCAGUGCGAGUCUAUGUUCCUAUGGUUCCCUAUCCAAUUCCACCUAAACAUCUGAUGGAUCCUAUUAGUGCAGAGCAGCUGGCUGGGUUUAGGAAGAUGGUAAGAAGGCUUCCUCAAAAGAUCUCAUUUGAACAUGCUUGGGAGAUUCGGCCAUUGCAUACGUUCUUCAAAAAUUACAGAGAAUCUCAGGAGGAAAUCAAGGCACUCUUUAAUGAAGCACUGACACCAUCGCUGAAGGUACUGCCUAAGGCUGAUGACUCUGGAAAGUUUGUUUUUCCUUGUUCCAUUGCUGGAGUAGAAUUCAAGGAAGCUCUUUGUAAUUCUGGGUCUAGUGUGAACCUUGUCUCAAAAGCGAUUGUAGACGAGCUGGGCAUUGUUGAUGUUGAGCCUUCUCAGGUGAAGCUGGCCUUUGCAAACUCUUCCAUGACAGUCCCUUAUGGAACCAUUCGCAAUUUUCCUGUCCAGGUUGGGGACUAUGUGCUCCAUACCGAAUUUCAAGUUGUUGAGAUGAGGAACGAUCAUGAGAUGCCUUUGAUCUUUGGAAGAGCUAUUCUCACACAUGAGCUGAAAGAGAAAGGGAAAGCUGCUGUAAAAGGGUUGUUGAGCAGAGUUUUGAAGCUGAACAUGUCUGCUUAUGGAGCUUGUCUAAAAGCAGAAAAAUCCGAGAUACUUAAAAAUUCUGGGUUGCUGAAGGAGCGACUGCUCCAGGUGGAGAUCUUAACACCCAGAAUUUUCGUGGAGCGCCCGCUCCACUCAGAUAUGUGCAAAAAGGUCAGAGAGGAAAAGAUCAACGCAGCCUCCUACUCGUUACUGCUGCAGAAAUUCAGUCAAAAAAGAGAACAAACAGAAUAA